UGUUGCUUAGUAACCCAUAAUAACAACUUUAAAUUUAUAUAUACGUGUACAUUACAGUGUUUUUCAUGUCAUUAUACAUUUCAUAAAAUAUAAAUUUGUUGUCUUCGUAUUAAUCAUUUAAAAUUUUUGUAAUAUCUUUUAAUUAAUACAUUAAGUAUAAGAUAAGAAAAAUUCAUAGGCAAGCAAACUUGUUAUAAUUUUCAAGAAAUGACAAGAUGUAAUAAGAGUGAAGUUAAUCUUAAAAGCACUGAUAUAUAUUUUGCAAAAUUAUCUUUGUAACCCGUAAAUUUAUAUUGAAUAGUGUACAAUCAAAAUGGACAAAGUUAUUUUGAGCAAUUAACAGCGUACAAUUCUAUGAGCGCGCAUUUGCGACGCAUUUUACUAGCAAAAUGUGUUGUAGAUGCCAGAAACAAAACCUAUAUGCGUAAAAAAAAGCAAGCAUGUAAACAAAUUGGCUGGAAACCAAAAUGUGCAAAAACAGAUAUUACAAAUAAUAUAAUUGAUAAGUUGGCAUACGAUACUUCAUAUCAUCCAGCGGAUUUUUUAAGAAUGAAUAAUGGUUCAAAGUAUUUUUGCCAAUGUCAAGCACAGAAAUAUUUUACUACUUGUUAUGAUUGUAAUGCAAUCUGUUCAAAACCAAAAUUACGUAAUCACUUAGCUUAUAUUAAUUCUCCAAUAUAUAAAAUAAAUACUUCAGAGCCAUUUAUAUCGAAUAGUAGCAAUAUAAGAAAACAAUGCACAGAAUCAAAUACUAAUUAUAGAAAAAUAUUUAAUCCUAUAAAUACGAAAAACGCAUUGAAAUUUCAUGAUGAUAGAUAUGAAGAAAAUUCAAUGCUAUGUGAAUCUUGUGGUUUUUUAUCACAAAACGUCAAUGAUGAUCUUUCAUCAGAAAUUAGCACAUCAAGAAGUGAUGAAAAUGCUGAUCAAUUUUAUGAUAAUUUAAUAGAUAAUCCAAAAAUCGAUGAAAAAGAUGAAGAAGAAACAUAUGCUAAACUUAUGUAUGAAAUUACACAUGAAAUAAUAGUAAAUGGUUUAUAUACUGAUGAUGAAUUAAACAAGAUAUUCAAAAAAUAUAUUGAAAAAAACAAGAAAGUUUUAGAUAUGAAUCGAAUGUUGUAUGAAAUUUAUCAAUUGAAACUUGCUUUGAAUAUAUCGGAUAAUUCAGAAGAAGAAGAUAUAAAUAAUGUUGCAUAUCAGCAAUUAUUAAAUAUUAGCAAAGUUCGACCACCAACACCACCGAAAGUUUUAAAUGAAGAUAGAGUAACUGAAAAAUUAAUGUGGUAUCAAAAAUUGGAUAAAGUCAAAAAUAAUUCAAUAGGCAAAAAAUCAGUUUUAUUAGUUGAUGCUAAUCCUGAAUUACGUGUAACCGAAAGAGAUGUCUUAACAUCAUUAAUAGAAGCUGAUAUCGAUCCUGAACAAGCUCGAAAAAUUUAUAAAAAACUUUCCUUCAAAAGCAAAGAUAAUUUAUUGAUUGACACAAAAAGCAUACAAGAUUCAAAUGAACAUGAAAUAGAAAAAAGCAAUCAAUUUAAUUCCAAUUUAAUAGAAUCAUAUAAGUUUGGAACGAAAAUCGAAAAAGAUGAAAAUCAAUUCAAAAAUGAAAAUUCAAAUAAUAAAUAUAAAAUAGAAGAAAACGAACAAUUUAAUUCCAACUUCACAGAAUAUGAGAUUAAAACGAAAAUUGAAAAAGAUGAAAAUCAAUUCAAAAAUGAAAAUUCAAACAAUGAAUGUAGAAUAGAAGAAAACAAUUUUAAUUCUAAUUUAACAGGCCAUGAGAUUGAAACGAAAAUUAAAAAAGAUGAAAAUCAAUUUAAAGAUAAAAAUUUAAAAAAAAAAUAUAGAGUGAAAGAAGAUGAACAACUUAAUUCCAAUUUAAAAGAAUCAUAUGAUGUACAAAUAAAUGAACAAGAAAAAGCUUCUAUGACUGAUGAUCUUAUAAUAUUAAAGAAUAAAAAAGUACAAAUAUAAAAGAAUAGAUAUAUAAUGCUGAACUAAGGAAAUAAGUAACAAUUUCUAAAAUAUAUUUAUAUAAAUUUAAAUAUUCAUGUUGAU